GCCAGAGGGGCGGGCCCUAGGGGCGUGUUCUCCUCCAUCGUCCCCCACCGCCGGCUCCGUGUGGUUGAGUCCGGAGCGAUCACGUGCCCCUCCAUCCCAGUGCGUGUGUGAGAGCGAAUAAUGGCUGCGCUGCUGAACUCGGCCCGGCGGCUCCGGCCACUCUACUCCCGCCUCCUUAGGUUGCCGCGGGGAGCGGCUUCCCACCGCCCCUCCCCCCGCGCCGCAGGGCUGGCGGGCGCCCCUGGCAGCACACAUCUGAUAUAUCAAGCAAGACUCCUUGCAGUUGCCCCUCAUCAGAAAGGGAAAGUUCAAGAAGAACCUGUUCCAGGUAUUCAGAAUAAGCAAGUACGAAAUUUUGACUGGGCCCUGAAUAGACUGGAUACCUCUGUCAGAAGAACUGGCCGCAUUACUAAAACCCUUCUACUAAGAAUCUUCCAUGACAUGUGCAGAACAGGGUAUCCAGGUAGUAACCAGGCCUUGCUCCUGUUGCGAAGUUGUGGUUCUUUGUUGCCUGAGGUCCCAUUAUUUGAAAGAACAGAAUUAGCCCACAUGAUAUGGAGCAAGUUGCAAGAAUUGGGUGCUGUGUAUGAUGCAAGUCAUUAUAAUGCUUUGCUUAAAGUCUACCUUCAAAAUGAACAUAAAUUCUCUCCAACUGAAUUCUUGUCCCAAAUGGAGAAAGCUAAAGUGCAGCCCAAUCGAGUUACAUACCAAAGAUUGAUUGCUGCUUACUGCAAUGAAGGAGAUAUUGAAGGUGCCAGUAAGAUUCUUGGCUUUAUGAAGGUGAAAGAACUCCCAAUCACUGAGGCAGUAUUCAGUAGCCUUGUGACAGGCCAUGCAAGAACUGGAGAUAUGGAGAAUGCAGCAAAUAUCCUUUCAGUGAUGAGGGAUGCAGGAAUUGAGCCUGGUCCAGACACCUACCUAGCAUUACUAAAUGCAUAUGCUGAGAAGGGUGACAUUGACAACAUUAAACAGAUCCUGGAAAAGGUUGAGAAGAUGGAAGGCUGUUUUAUGGACAGGGAUUUGAUGCAAGUUAUUUUUAGCCUUGCUAAGGCUGGAUAUUCUCAGUAUAUUCAAGAUAUUCUGUCACAGAUGAGAUAUGAAAGAGGAUAUAUUCCAGAUGCAAUGAACCUGUCUCUGAAUUUGAUAACUCAAGAUUUGGAAGACACAGCUUUCCUAGUUUUCAAAUCAUUUCCUACCUUAUCUGAAAAUCAGAGUGAAAGCAGUAUGGACUAUGGUAACUUCUUCUUGCGACACUGUGUAACUAUGAAUAAGCCGGUGAGCAAGCUGAAACAGUUCUGUGAUGAGUUAAAAGAAGCCAAUAUUCAUUCAGCUCCCCUUCAGUUUACUUUAUAUUGUGCAUUGGAGUCUAAAAAAGCAGCUUUGGCAAUUGACCUGAUGAAGACAAUGAAAGAGGAAGGUUUACCUCUCAGACCUCACUAUUCCUGGCCACUGCUUGUUGGAUACCAGAAGGAGAAGAAUGCUCAAGGUACUAUUGCGAUCCUUAAAGCGAUGCAUGAGCUGGGGGUGGAACCUGAUGUGGAAACAUACACAAACUAUGUUUUGACAAAUUUUGAUAAUGUUCAGACUCUUCGUGCUCUGCUACAGGAAAGUGGAUGUCCAUUUGAAACUGAAGGACUCUCUGUAGCAGAAUUAAGAUAUGAAGCAAUAUAUGGAACAUUGGAAAAUAUUUUAUCGUUAUGUAAGUAUCUUCGGUAUAUUUAGUAGAGGUCUUUUUAA